AUGAAACUACCAUCACCUAGCGAAAAAUCUCAAAGUGUUCAUGGCUCAUCAACGAUACUGGAUUGGACUGAGAGUCUUGAUAAAAGACCAUCCGAUCGUACAGGUGAAGAUCUAGAUAGAAUAUUUUCUAAACUAAAAGAUGUCAAAGCAUUCGAAAAAUUUCAUCCAUUGCUCAUUCAACAAUUAUGUUACUACAGUUAUUAUGAAAAUCUUGAAAAAGGUGUUACAUUGUUUCGAACGGGAGAUUUUGGAUCCAAUUGGUUUGCUGUCUUAGCUGGAUAUGUCGAUGUUGUUGUACCAAGUGAAAACGGCACAGGGCAUACACUCGUUUGUACACUGGGAUCGGGAUCUGCUUUUGGCGAAUCGAUUUUGUACGAUAUGCCACGAAAUGCUACUGUGAUUACAACAGCCUAUUGUGAACUACUCCGCGUAGAACAAAAAGAUUUUAAAAUAUUAUGGGAACGAAAUAAACACUACAUGCAUGGCGUUAUAACUUCAUUAUCGAAGUUAACAAACACGUUAGAUCCAAAACGGCGAGCAAGUGAAUUUGAUCCAUCGUUAUUACCGCAAUUGGGAAGUUCAAAAUUUUUCAGAGAUGAUCCAAUAAGAAUUCAACAUGCUGCAUAUGUUUUACGAACAUGUAUAUUAGCAAAAUCUCAACAAAUGAUUCGAGAUCGAAAAUAUCAUUUAAAAAUGCAUCGAAGUUGUUUAGUGGGUUCUGAAAUGGUAGAUUGGCUCAUUCAUCAAAGUCCCAUUGUACAUUCAAGAAGUCAAGCUGUCGGAAUGUGGCAAGCAUUGUUAGAAGAAUCGACUAUACAGCAUGUUUCUCAAGAACAUUAUUUUAAAGACAAAUAUUUGUUUUACCGUUUUUCGGAUGAUCAAGAUGGUGUCGAUAAUCAAUUGACUAAUAUUAAUGAAUCAACGUGUGAAGAACAAUUACAUGAAGUCAUCAUGAUAUUAGCUCAAGUGGCACCAGAUGCAAUGUUAAGGAUGAUUCUACGGAAACCACCACAUGAACGAACUGUCGAUGAUCUUGAAAUAAUUUACGAUGAAUUGAUUCAUGUUAAAGCACUUUCACAUUUAUCAUCACUUGUUAAACGAGAACUAGCUGGUGUACUCGUAUUUGAAGCACAUCCUUUCAAAUCCAAAGUUUUAUUUAGUCAAGGUGAUGAGGGCAAAUCAUGGUAUAUUAUAUUAAAGGGUUCUGUCAAUGUUGUCAUUUAUGGUAAGGGUGUUGUAUGUACAUUACAUGAAGGCGAUGAUUUUGGAAAAUUAUCACUUGUGAAUAAUUCACCGAGGACAGCCACUAUCGUAUUACAUGAAGAUAAUUGUCAUUUUUUACGAGUAGACAAAGAUGAUUUUAAUCGAAUUCUUCGUGAUGUUGAAGCAAACACUGUUCGACUUAAAGAACAUGAAAAAGAUGUUUUAGUUUUAGAAAAGAUUCCUAUUAAUAUGAAAACGAUUGAUGGAAAUUAUCAAGUCUGUUACAAAUAUUCUGUAAUGGCUGGUACUGCUGAAAAAAUGCUCGAAUAUUUAUUGGAAACUUGUAUAUGUGUUGAUUCUGACGACGGGGAUACAUUUUUAGAAGAUUUUCUUUCCACUCACAUUGUCUUUAUGCCUGUCAAUCAAUUAUGUGCAGCAUUAUUAACAAUUUUUAAAGCAAAACCCCAUCAUCGAACGGGUGAACUAGUAGAUUUAUCAUUACGCGAAAAAGUCAAAGUAGUUCGAUUUGUACUAGAAUGGCACAAUUUUGUAGGUGAAACAUUUCAGGAAGAUACAAAAAUUAUUGCAUUUCUCGAAGAGCUUCGGCAUGCUAUAUGUACUGAUACAAAAAUUUAUCCACAAUUAAGAGAUGAAUUGCAAUCAAUUGAAGCCAUGAUUGAAAAUGAUCCGUAA